AGUUUUGCAUUUGUUAUUUUGAGUUAAACAAUGUAAGGUUGUUGUGUCUUUUCAUUUAAGUAAAACGUAGAAUCAAUAAGUGCUAAAGUUGUCACACUGAAAUGGAAACUUUCAUGUAUCUCAAAAAAGCAUUGUCCUCCGGGAACUCGAGCGUGUGUCGUUUGUGCCUGUCGCCGGAUGUGGCUUCGGAACCACUAACGCAAGACGAAACGGGGAAAAAUCUUAUGCAAAAAAUCUUCGAUUGUACAAGCAUUCAGAUCAUACCGUUAACAGGCAUUUCUUCGGUCUUGUGUACCGUUUGCAAAACACGUGUGGAGGACUUUUAUCUGUUUCGUUACCAGUGUAUUAAAAACAACGAGGUUCUCAACAAAUUUGCUGCAGAUUCCAGCAAAUCGCUAUUAAACAACUGUGCAUCAGAAAUCACCGUGCUUUCCAUCGAGCAUGUGCAACAAAUCAAUGUAUCACCAUCACUACUAAACGAGGAUCCCAAAACAAAUGAUGUUAAAAACAUUAAUUUGGAUCAUACAUAUAAUGCACAAGAGACAAACACAGCCCACGAGAUCGACAGCAAGGACGGACUUGAUGUGCCGGAAGUAAAGUUGGAACCGAAUGAUAACAUUCCAUCCGAGGUUCUUGAAGAAGGAGAUCCUCUUAAAAUGGAACCUAAACAGCCGACAAAUUCAGAAACACAUGACGAUACUGAAAUGAACAGCAAUGAGGAAGAUAAUCAGUGCCUCGAGAAUGCUGCUCGCAGGACAGUUCAAGUCCUGCCACAAGCUGAUUUGCAGUUAUUUCAAGAGCCGAUUGAACGAAUUCACAGCGAGGAAGCAACGUUUGUUUGUAAAUUUUGCAACGAUGCGUUCACAUCCCGAGAUACGUUGCAGCAACAUGCGAAAACUCAUCACAAGGACGAGCUGCACAAAUGCCCUUACUGUUCCACAAGUUUUGUGGCACAUCAGCGUUUAGUUAUCCACCUUCGUUAUCACACCGGAGAGAAACCUUUUGAGUGCCAAGUCUGCCACAAAGCGUUUGUGUCGCAACAGACCUUAAACAGCCACA